GCUCGCAUCUGCCUGAUAUUUUUGUCUCUUUUACUCCUCAGACCAUGAUAGCGGAGUGUUUAUCCUCGAGAUGUGGAUUCUCGAGUCCGAUGGGGAUCUACUUGGCGGAAAACGGGUCUGGCUGAAGCCCGGGAAAAAGUAUUUGUUCGGCCGAAUCAAACAAGAAGGCGUUCGCCAUGUUAUCCAUCAUGUAUCUAUCUCAAGAAAGCAUUUGGUUAUCGAGGUAUCUCCAGUGCAGGCAGGCGAUGGUGCGCAUGUGCAUAAAAAGUCUGUUCUGACAGUUACGGAUCAAGGAUCGAAAUGCGGGACGACGGUCGAUACCGUGCAGAUCAGAGGGUCGAGUCAAAUCUUGACCCAAGACGAGCAUACAUUACAGCUGGGGCGGUACCCACCAGCGCUUAGGAUAAAAUGGCAUCCUACCGUUCUUAGCUUCUCGUUCUCAUCCAAGGAGCUCAAAGCCAAGGAUCCUCUAGGCCCCGCACGCAGUCGAUUGGAAGACCUCGACAUCAAGACGAUUAUUCCCUACGUCGAAAAAACCACACACGUUGUCCAAAACAAGCGGAAUACAGCGAAAGGUCUGCAGGCUCUUAUCAACGGGAAAUACAUUGUCCAAGAUUCAUACCUCGAUGCCCUAGUCUAUGCUGCCACACCCGGAGACCUUGAGAUAUCCGAGUCAUUGUCGCCUCUGGAAGUGGACUAUGACGCACAUUGGCCAGAUGCGAAUUUGUUUCUUCCGCCAGCUGGUAAAGAACCGGUCCAGAGGCCUGCGGAAUCGUUUGCACCUAAUGCGAGCCGCAGUCAUGUUUUCGAGGGUUAUACGUUUGUAUUUUGCGACACAAGCCAGUUUGAGAAUUUGUCACCACCGAUAAAUAAUGGCCAUGGCAAGGCUUUGUUUUACCAGGUACAUAAUGGCCACACAACGGCAGAUGACUUAUUGCAGUAUAUGCGAAACGCAGCAGGCGAAAAAGGGUUAGGGUCCGAACAUAACGGCGAUGGAGGGAUCGUCCUAGUGCGGUUCAGGGCAAAGGGUCAUGAGGAUUGGUCGAUCGAACUGGGAAAUCAAGUGGCCAUUAAAAUGGACCAACGUGUGAUCGAACAGAGCGAGUUCCUGGAUGCCAUACUAAGCAACGAUGCAACUUCAUUGUGUCGAUCGCUUCCCCGAGAAGAGGCUCCAGCCAGCCGGGAACCCCAGACGAGAAGAACACGACGGAAGACGCCUGAAAAAGACCUGUCUGCGGAUGCCGAACUCCCGGAAGUAACCACUACGCAGCCAGAAGAUACAGCCCACUUCGAGAACACGCAAGCCGAAAAGCAAGUUGAAACGCAACGAGCAAAGCGAUCACAGAGCCGCCCUUUUGUCAGUCGACUUAAAGGGUUUGAUGAUGGAUUUGACAUGGAGGAUAUUCCAAUACACCACUCGGAAUCGGGCGAUGUAAAUGACGAAAUGGAAGUCCAAGUUCCUUCAUCUCAGCCUGAACCUGUGGACGUUGAAGAGGAUGAUGGUAUGUCGGGUCUUCUCCCGGGAGCCAAUGCAAUGAAACGACGCAGAGCUGAUAUGGGCUCACGGUUAUUUGGCGAUGACCUCAAAGCGGAAGAGGCGCCAAAACCAAAGCGACAGAAAGUCGAUGUUCUUGCGGCUGCUCGCCGCCAUCGUGAAGAAGAAGAGGCAGCCGCGCGGGAACAGAAACAAGAGAAUGGGAUCACCUUCCAAGCCGUUGCUGAAGGCAUGGCUAUUGAGGAAAUGAAGAAUCUUGUUCUUGUCGAAGAAUUCGAAGUCCCAAAUCGCCCAAGACAAUCCGCUACGGUGAAAGUGACUGAUCGGUGGGACGAGGGCUGGAACGGACGAAAGAAUUUCAAAAAGUUUCGCAAAAAGGGCGAACCUGGCGCGCCUCGGUCCCGUAUUCAAGCCGUCAUUGUUCCCCUGGAUGAAGUCAAACGCAAGGACUACGGUAUCGGCGACCACUACUGGACCAAUAAUAAUAAUCAACGAGACGACAGCCCCGAACCUAUCUUCAAACGGACUAGCCAACAACCGAGCAGCGGACGGCCUGCUAGCCGUGCAGAGAGCCAGGCCUCUCUGGAUAUGUCGGAGGAGCCACCUACAUCAUUUACAGCACCAUCAGCUCAUUCAGAGACGCCGCGACCAGCUGCUUCGGUGACGCAAAAGAGCCAGCGCGUGAGUCAGAAGAGGACCAGGGGAGAUGGGGAUAAUGACAGUGAUGGCGAGGAGCUUCGAUUCAAGUUCCGCCGGAGAAGGUAGCCAUGUACAAGGAAGGAAUUGCAUGUUAUUCUCUGCAUAUAUACAUAUCUGCUAACGAAGACAUGAUUGGCGGGAUGGGUCCAUGGCCUAUUCUUAUCCAGAAAUCACGUGCUUCCAGGGAAAAAAUUUGCAGAUUGACGCAGGACGCGGCAUGGUGAUUGAGAGGCCAAGAACUACGGUUCGCAUUAUUCUAGAGCAUACGAACGCACAGUCAUAGAUAUCCAAAUGUAUAUGCAUGUAUGUGUAGGC